AUGGAUUCUGAGAAAGAAGCCUUGAGGGAAAAGAAAAGGAUGUUGAAAGAAGAAAAGAGGAAACAGAAGCUUGAGAAGUUUCUGGCAAAGAAGACACAAGAGGUCAGUGUUUCGAAGCCCAAGAGAGAUUACAAAGGAGAUGGAUAUGAUCCACUAGAGGUUGAAAGUAAGUGGUACAGGUAUUGGGAGGAGAAGGGACUUUUCAAGCCUGUUGAGGGAGGGCCGAAGUACAUCAUUCCAAUCCCUCCGCCGAAUGUGACGGGGAACCUCCAUAUAGGACAUGCGAUGAUGGUUUCCAUUCAAGACACUCUGUGCAGAUACAAAAGGAUGUGUGGGUACGAAGUUUUGUACAUUCCUGGGACAGACCAUGCCGGAAUAGCAACUCAAAAUGUUGUGUCUAAGCAAAUGGAGAAGGAGGGGAUCCGUGUAGAUAGGGAGAUGUUUCUGAAGAAGGCCUGGGAAUGGAAGGGCAAGCAUGGAUCGAGAAUAUAUGAGCAAUUCAAGAGGCUAGGGACAAGUGUGGAUUUUAGCAGAGAAAGGUUUACAUUGGAUCCCGGGAUGAAUGAAGCUGUUGUUGAUGCAUUUGUAAGUCUAUAUGAGAAGGGACUUAUAUACCGGGAGUUGAAGAUUGUGAAUUGGUGUGGAAAGUUAUCGACAACUAUAAGCGACCUGGAGGUGAACCAUGAAGAAGUGAUGCCGAACACGUAUCUACAAGUAGAUGGAGGAAAGUAUGAGUUUGGAGUGAUUUAUCACUUCAGAUACCCGGUAACUACUGAUAAAGAGUUUUCUGGGGACUACCUGUCUCUACCCACCAUUGAGGUUGCAACAACAAGGCCGGAAACCAUUCUUGGAGAUACUGGAAUAUGUGUAAAUAGGAAGGACAGAAGAUUCAGUCCUGAGGGAAUAAGAGAAAUCUUUGGGGAUGUACCAUGUGAAUGCAAUAUUUAUGGAGUGAAUCCAUUGACUAGGGAAGUGAUUCCUGUAAUUUUCGACGACUAUGCGGAUAUGAGUUUUGGGACGGGGAUAGUGAAGAUAACACCUGCACACGAUGCAAAUGACUUUGAUGUAUCCAAAAGGCACAAUCUCGCUUGCAAGGCUGUGCUUGAUGAGCAAAACAAGGUGAUUUCUGAAGGGGAGUUUAAAGGGAUGAAGAGAUUUGAGGCAAGAAAGGCGGUUGUCUCAAAGCUUAAGGACAUUGGCUUAUUUAUUGAAAAGAAAGGGUAUUCUCAAGUGAUUCCAAGAUGUUCAAGGUCUAAUGACAUUAUAGAGCCCAUUAUCAAAAGUCAGUGGUGGCUGAAUUGUAAGGAAAUGGCCAAGAGAGCCAUAGAAGCUGUUGUUGAUGGGAAGAUCAGGAUAUUGCCGGAGGGGGCUGAAAGGCAAUGGUAUAGAUGGCUUGAAAACAUCAGGGAUUGGUGCUUGUCUAGACAGUUGUGGUGGGGACAUCGGAUACCCGCUUAUAGAACACCAGAAGGGAGAUGGUAUGUCGGAAGGUCCAAGAUGGAUGCAUUUUCAAAGAUGAAGAGCGAAUGUUUGGAAUCUUCAUGCAAUCUUGAUGAGUUCUGUCAAGACGAAGACGUCCUGGACACUUGGUUUUCCUCUGGACUAUGGCCAUUUGCGAUUUUAGGAUGGCCUAAGAAGACAGACGAUUUUUUGAGAUACUAUCCCAAUACCUUGUUGGAAACUGGGAGCGACAUCCUUUUCUUCUGGGUUGCAAGAAUGGUGAUGCUAGGACUUGAGCUAACAGUAAAGGCACCUUUUAGCCAAGUUUUUCUUCAUGGAAUAGUAAGGGAUGCACAUGGAAGAAAGAUGAGCAAAAGCCUUGGAAAUGUCAUUGAUCCAAUUUUUGUGAUUGAUGGAUGCUCUCUUGAAAAUCUUAUUUCAACAAUGAGAAGUGGUAAUCUUGAUGAGAAGGAGAUGAAGAGGGCGGAGGCAGCUCUGCGGCAAGACUUCCCAAACGGAAUACCUAGAUGCGGGGCUGAUGCACUCAGGUUCACCUUACUUUCCUAUACCUCUGGAAUGAAAGAUGUCAAUCUUGAUGUACUCAGGGUAGAAGGAUACCGAAGAUUCUGCAAUAAGAUAUGGAAUGCUCAUAAAUUUGUAAAGAUGAUGGUAGAUGAAAUAAUGGAUGGGAGUAGUCAAGAGGCUGUAUAUAAGAAGAAGUAUGAAAAAUACAUCCUUUCCUCCAAUGAUCUUGUAACUCCUUCUGGACAGGGGCCUAUUGAAUGGAUCCUUAAGAAAAGGAACGAGGCUAUUGAGACAAUACGAAGAAUGCUCGACUCGUUUAACUUUAUGGCUGCCACACAGGCAAUUCACCAAUUCUUUAUCUAUGAUCUAUGUGAUGUUUUCAUCGAGGUUGUCAAGAAGAACAGGGACGAAAGAUAUAUUAGUACAUUGCUAAGUGUAUUUAUAGAUUCGAUGAAGAUGCUUCAUCCAUUCAUGCCAUUCAUCACGGAGGAGGUGUUUUCGAACUAUUCUAAUGAUUCUAUUUCUGUUUCAUCAUAUCCUAAGGUGGAUGGAUCUGAGCAUGAAAACAAAUUUUCUAUGACUCUCCAGAUAGUAAAGUAUAUAAGGGCAAAAGCAGAGUCUAAUGGAUGGAGUAAGGUUUCAGUGGAGAUUGUUCCUGGAGAAGAUGUCUGUUCUAAUGACCUAGGUUUUAUAUCCUUACUAUGCAAGAAGAUUACUGAGUUCAAGACGACGGACGAUGCUGAGGCUGAUGAGCAUGAGAAAAUCGGGGGUUCAAGGGUGUUUGUGAGACAAGCAGAACGAAUAGGAACUGAUAAGUAA